CCAACACAGUACAUACAAGCUUAGAUACUUCAAAAUGAAAUUUGUUUUCGCCGUUUUGUUCGUCGUUGCUGUAAUGGCUGAAAAUAAGGCACUUGCUCAAGGACAAGGUCAGGCUGGAGGACAAAUGGGAGGAUCCGGUGGAGGACAAAUGGGAGGAAGCGGGGGAAUGGAUGCCACAGGAAGCAUGGGAGGAAGCAUGGGAGGAAGCAUGGGUGGAAGCAUGGGUGGAAGUGCGGGAGGAAGUGCGGGAGGAAUAGGAGGAAAAUAA